AUGCUGCAUCAUCAAGCGAGAAAGCGGCCGCAUUAUAACGAGGAGGAUAUAAAAGCGCAACUGUCGCAAGUACAUCUCAUAGAGUUUGAUAGCUCGAAUGCACAGGACGAGUCCUUAGAGCUACUUGGACCGAUUUUGAAGAAUAUCAACGAAUCACAACAGGAGAGGGAUUAUAUAAAGGCCUUGGAUGCAUUCAUUACUGAGAAAGAUAGCGAGCUUGAAGAACAGUGCAAGUACAACUAUCAGGAUUUCGUCAGCUCUGUCAAGACUCUGUUGGGCGUACGUAAAAGUACGAUGCAAUUAAAGCAGAAGAUCGUACAAGUGAAUGAUGACAUGCAGUCUGCUGGAAGAUCAUUAGUUAUGAAGAAGAAAGAACUACUAGAAAUAAACAGAGUACACAAUAAUAUCAAUGACGCUACAGAAACUAUGCAGGCUUUCCAGCGUGUACUCGAAUUGAUGAAGAGAGUCGAUGAACUGAUAGCAAAUGGCAAAUACUACGCAGCUUUGCGCUCUUUGGAUGACCUGGCUAUAUAUCAAUUACCACCGUUAGCUAAUUACACACUCGGUGCACACCUUUUGGAAAGUAUUCCAGCGAUGCGUCAGACUGUCUGUGAUAGUGCAUCAUUUGAACUGAAAGAUUGGUUGCUUGGUAUUAGAAAUGUGCAAAGAGUCGUUGGUGGUCUCGCUCUCUCAUACACUAAUGAAAGACAACAGAAAUGGCGCACGAAGAAGCUCUCUGAUCCAGUAUACGCACGUAGUGGUAUAAAUUCACCGUUAGAAUUGGUUAUGAACCAGGAUGACUUUGAUCCACUUGAUAAUGAUCAAGUCUCCAUUGACUUUAAACCACUUUUGCACUGUAUACACAUUUACGACGCUUUAGCUGCUCGUGCUGAUCUUAGGAAAGCCUACCAAGAGGAUAGAAAAUCUCAAGCAGAUCUGAUCCUUUCAGCGAGAUCUAAUGAAGAUUUCUCUGAAUCUUUACAACAGUUGCUACAAGACGUCGUUGGAUUUUUCAUAAUAGAGAAACACGUAUUGGGUUUGACGAAUGGAUUUAGAAGUGAGAUUAAUGUAGAUGACCUUUGGGAUCUUAUCUGUUCGGGUAUUUCAAAUGUAGUCAGGGAAGGGUUACGCACUUCACAGUCUUAUCUCAAAGUUAAGGAGAACGUCAUGACUUUCAUAUGGACUUUAGAGAGAUAUGAAUUUGACGUACAACAAUUGAACACACUCCUUCACGCUCUGUUUGAAGAGUAUACUACCCUCUUACACGUCAACUACAAGCGUGAAUUGGAGACAGUCUUCAAAAAUAGUGAUCAACAAGCUUUGGUUGUAGAUUCAACGAAGGAUUUAGAAAGCGUAUUGGAAGUAUGCUGGGUUGACAGUUCUUCAUUUACAGCUGCAUACUCACAAAAACCGCCUAUUCACUUACCAUUUUCAAGUAUAUACCCAGAAGCAUGCAAGUUGUUGAGACGUUUCAUUGAUGACUUUUACAAAUACACCGAGGGAUUUUCGCAAAUAGAUACGGAUAGUUUGAUAGCCAGUGCCUUGGACAGACUAAUUAAGGAGGGUGUAGUGAAGACGCUUAGCGUGAUAUCAGAGGGUAUCUAUAACCUUUCUCAAGCGGUUCAACUUGCCGUCGACACUAGUCAUUUAGAAUUGGCUGCCGGAGAAUUAACAAACCUAUUGACAGCUCUACAUGGCGCACUAUAUGAUAAGUCACGGCCAACCAGUGAAUUGGAAUGCAAAAAAGACGUUCGCAAGCUCUCACAGCAGACAUUAACAAGAAUAAACACCCUGAUUGCUAACAAGCUAGACUCACUAUUUGAAAUGGCUGAGAUGGAAUUAACGCCUGAUUUCUCAAGCAGUUUGAAGACUGACGUCGAACCAAGUGAAUAUUUACGUGAAAUGACGGAUUAUUUAUCAUUCAUUAGUUCAUCAACCUUGACUAAUUUGCCAAGCUCAUUACGUGAACAGGCUUACACUAAUUCUGUGCAGCAUAUUGCUGAAGGUAUACUAGAUCUAAUCGUAGGCAGCGAAGUUGAUGUCAUAAAUGAGCACGGGCUGGAUAAUGUUAGAGUAGAUGUUAACUACUUGAUGGCACAAUCUAUUGAUGGUCGUGACCCGCCUACAUUGGUAGAACUCGACCAGAUAUUGAGACUUAUAAAGUUGAACCACGUCCAGGCAUACUUUGAGAGUUCUACAUUUAGAAGGUCGAAGUAUGCGAAUGUUACGCCAAAAAAUCUCUCAGCUGUUCUAGAUAAGCUCGCCAAGAGCCACCUGAGUCGAUGAAUUGUAUGAUGCAUUUUAAAUUUG